AUGCAACAUGACCUUCAAAAUACAAAGGAUGAAGUGAUCUGUGAAACACUAUCAACAUUAGCUGUUAUUUCAGAUGCACAAAUAGCAGAAGUGGUUGGACAAAUUGUAAUGAAAUUAGCAUUUAAUAAUAGUGAAGUAAUAGUUAGAAAGAAAGCGCUAUUAGUUUUAAAGCAGAUGAUCAAAUUCUUUCCUAGUUUAAUUAAUCUUGAACCACAAUUUAUUAAAAAAGUUGAAUUGACAAUUCAAAGAGAAAAUGAUUUAGGGGUUAUUCAAUCAUUAUGUAAAUUAUUAUACGAAGUAAUUCUUAAAGACAAAAAUAGUGGAGUUGAUUUAAAGAAAUAUCAAUGUUUAUCAUUUAGUUUAGUUCAAAUUUUCAAAAGAUUAUUAACAGAACCUACUUCUGAAGUAAUGUAUCAUGGGAUCUGUAUGCCAUGGUUGGUUAUUGAUUUAAUUAAAUUAAUUCCUUUAAUUUGUAUAGAAAAAAGAGAAAUAGUUUCAUUCCAAUCAUUAUGUGAAGAGUUUUUACAAAUUGGGUUUAGUGAUUCUCUUUUUGAAAUACCAUCAAGCCAAAGAGAUAUUAUAUUUUCUAUUGAAAUAGAAAUAAUAAAAUAUUCAUUUGAAUUUGAAGUAAAAAGAUUAUCAAACAUAUCAAUUUCAUUAUUAGGAAAAUUACUUGCGGUGAAUGACAUUAACAUUAAUUACCUAACUCUUGAUUUAUUAAAUAUUGCAAGUCAAAAUGGAUUUAAAGAAUCUACUAAGAAAUUAUUUGCAAAAGUAAUAAUAUUAGGUAAUAGUUUUGAUAUUGAAUUAAAGAAAAGGGUAAUUGAUACAUUAUUUAGUAUGUGUGAUAAUUCAAAUGUUAUAAAUAUUUGUCAAGUAUAUAAUCAAAUGAUUAAUAAUGAAGAUUUGAUAGGAAUAAAAGAAGAUUUAAUAUUUAAAUUAUGUAUUUUAACAGAGAAAUAUUUAAAAGGAAAAGAAUAUGUUGAUAUUAUGAUGAGUAUUGCUUUUAAUGGAGGUAAUUAUAUAUCAUUUGAAUUAUGGAAUAGAACCUUAAGAAAACUUUAUGAUGACCAAGAAGCUACUAAAUAUUGUAUUUUGUUAAUAGAAAAAAUUAUUAAAAAGAAUUUUGGAAGUGAUGACUUUAUCGAACUUUGUUGUUUAAUACUUGGAGAAUAUGGAGAAUAUUGUGAAGAUAUUUUAUCAUUAAUACAAACCCUUAUUUCAAAAUUUAGAUUUAUUAAAGAUUCUACAAAAAUUAGAAUAAUCACUGCUUUAAUGAAACUAUUAAAGAAAUUUAAUUCUAUAAAAGACCUUCUUAUGAAUAUUUGUAUAGAGUAUCAAUACUCAAGUAAUUGUGAGUUACAACAAAGAAUUAAGGAAUGUUUAUAUCUCAUUGAACAUCCUUCUAUGAUUCCUGUUGUUAUUGAUUCUUCGAUUUAUAAAGACACAACUAUAGAAGAAAAAACAAUUAUUAAUGAAGUAGAAGGAACACCGUCUCUUAAAUUAACAUCAACGACUAAAAUUGUUAAUAAGUCUAAUGUUAUGAAGAAACAAUUUAAAUUCCACUUCUCUCACUCUUUAAAUCCAAGUGGAUUAUGUGAAAAAGUUGAAAUAAUUUAUAAAAAAACAAUGAGCCUUAAUGAAGGUAUUAUUUUUCAAGAUCAAAAUAUUCAAAUUGGUUAUAGAAGUAAAGUUAUUGAUAAUGUUGUUGGUGUUCAAUUAUUCUAUGGUAAUAUAUCAUCACUUCCUAUUACUGUAAAUGUUCGUGUUAUUGUUCCACAUGGUUUAACUUCUUCUCUUCAACAAGAUAAAUUAACAAUUGAAUCUCAUCAACAAAUGAAUCACAUUAUUCAAUUUAAAUUAAAUACCUCAUUCCUUGAACCUCCAAGACUUCAAAUUGACUAUCAUUUUAACUCAACCUCAAUCAACGUUUCAUUACCUUUACCAAUUACUCUCCUUAAAUUUUUUAAACAACCAACUCCAAUGAUAUCCUCUUCAUUACCAGAACAAACAACAAUACCUUAUCUAUUAAAUAUUAAUCAAUUUCAAUCAUUAUUUUCGCGUUAUAAUUUAAUCUUUCAAUCAAAUGAUCAGGUAGUAGAAACACAUUGCAUUAUUCCUACAUUAGGGGAAAUUAAAAUUCAAUUUAAAUUUAAUUUAAAAGAAUUAUCUGUAUCAUCAUCAAAUGAACAACUGAACUUAGAUGUUAUUGCACUGAUUUUAUAUUCAUUACAAUAA